AUGGCGGAUUUUUUGGUUGAAAUAACAGGAGACCCAGGCGAAGACAUGGGUACACGGUGGAAGCUCCAUGUAGACGGAGCCUCCAACCAGACCUUCGGAGGAGCCGGGAUCAUCCUAGAAAGUCCGAACGGGGUCGUAUACGAACAGUCGGUCAGAUUCGAGUUUCCCAUCUCGAACAACCAAGCAGAAUACGAAGCCCUCAUAGGAGGCUUGACCCUAGCAGCAGAGGUCGGCGCAAAAAGGCUGGAAGUAUGCAGCGAUUCCCAAGUCGUCACUUCCCAAGUAAACGGCAGCUACCAAGCCAAGGACCCCUUGUUGCAGAAGUACUUGGAAAAGGUGAUAACACGGUUCGGGAUACCAGAAGUCGUCAUCUCGGACAACGGCACACAAUUUGCCGACAAAAAGUUCACAGAAUUUCUCAACGGCCUAGGUAUAAGGCAAAAGUUCUCUUCGGUAGAACACCCUCGGACGAACGGACAAGUGGAGUCCGCCAACAAGGUUAUCCUUUCAGGGCUAAAGAAGAGGUUGGACAACAAAAAGGGUGCUUGGGCCGACGAGCUGGCAUCAGUUCUCUGGUCUUACCGAACGACCGAGCAGUCCUCCACCAAGGAAACCCCUUUCCGGUUAACGUACGGGGUGGACGCGGUAAUACCCGUAGAAAUCGGAGAACCGAGCCCACGACUUCUUUUGAAAGGGGUGGAGGAAGCCGUAGAAAAGGACCUGAUAGAAGAAGCCCGAGAAAUGGCCCACUUGACAGAAACGGCGCUAAAACAAAGAGUUGCGCUCCGCUACAACACCAAAGUGCUCAAAAGGGAAUUCGAGCCAAACGACCUCGUCCUGAGGCGAAAUGAUAUCGGCCUGCCGACCCCCGGGGAAGGCAAGCUGGCGGCUAACUGGGAAGGCCCAUAUAGAGUCAAGAAAGUGAUGGGAAAAGGAGCAUUCAAACUAGAAAGGCUCGACGGCAAGGAAGUCCCGAGAACUUGGAAUGCGGACAACCUUAGAAGAUUCUACUCCUAG